GCCGAUCGUACGGUUCAGUUUGUUGUAGACCACUGAACUGUUUUUGUAGACUUACGAAAAAUGGAAGCGUUUGUAUGGCUAAGGUUACUGUUGCCUGUUCUGACGCUACAUUUUUGUGGGGUCAGUUUCAGCGUGGCGGAGACAGGCGGAAGGUGGGAAAAGUACAUCGACAAGAUCACGCAAGCCACGCGGACAUACAGGCCUUGCAGCCCACACAACUGCAGCUGCCACCUCAGGGUCCUGCAUAAUGACUUGCGGACGUUUCGGGACGGGGUGUCGGAGGAGGUGAUGGGUGACACGGUUCGGCGGGGCAUAGGAACGCACUACCAGGUCAUUGAGCACAAGCUGUACCGAGAGCAGAGCUGCAUGUUCCCUGCACGGUGCAGUGGGGUGGAACACUUCAUCCUGCAGGUGAUCGACAGGUUGCCAGAUGUAGAGAUGGUGAUUAACGUGAGGGACUACCCUCAGGUACCCCACUGGGUGCAGCCAGUGCUGCCAGUCUUCUCCUUUAGUAAGACGCCUGAUUACCAGGAUAUCAUGUACCCCGCCUGGACGUUCUGGGAGGGGGGCCCGGCGGUGUGGCCCAUAUACCCCACGGGACUGGGCCGAUGGGAUCUGAUGCGGGAUGACCUGAAAAAGUCAGCAGCAGAGUGGCCAUGGCGGAUGAAGGAGUCCAGAGGAUUCUUCAGAGGCUCCAGGACCAGCCCAGAGCGGGAUCCUCUAGUCCUGCUAUCCAGAGAGGCGCCAGAACUUGUGGAUGCAGAGUACACCAAAAACCAGGCCUGGAAGUCUGAGAAGGACACGCUCGGGAAGCCCCCCGCCAAAGAGAUCCCGCUGGUGGAGCACUGCAGAUACAAGUACCUAUUUAACUUCCGGGGUGUAGCAGCCAGUUUCCGCUUCAAACACCUCUUCCUGUGUGGGUCACUGGUGUUCCACGUGGGGGAGGAAUGGUUGGAGUUCUUUUACCCCCAGCUGCAGCCCUGGGUUCACUACAUCCCUGUCAAGCAGGACCUGUCCGACCUCAGAGAACUGCUCCAGUUUGUGAAAGAAAAUGACGACAUUGCACAAGAAGUGGCCCGAAGGGGUCAGGAUUUCAUCCUGGAGCACUUGCGCAUGGAGGACGUGUCGUGCUAUUGGGAGAAGCUGCUGACCGAUUUCAGCCAUCUGCUGAAGUAUCAACCCAAGAGGAGACCCGGUUACAGCAAGAUCACCCGCAAGCCAGAGAAAUGGGAACUGUGACCCAAUGCCAUGGGCCUCACAUAGAUCUCUCUCCCCAAGUCUGUUCAGUGUACAUUUCUUUCCCAGUGUCAUCUGCUAGCUCAGAGUAGAUCUUAUUCCAGGAAAAUUGCUCAAUCAGUAGAUCUCUCUCUCCAGAAUAUAGGCUAAGUGUAGAUCCCUCUCCCCAGACUAUAGCAUUGCACCAUCAUCAUGAUUACCACGUUUUUGUUUAUGCUGAUUAUUAAGUCACCCAGAUGCGAUUUUGCCAUUGAUUGAAAUGAUAGUAGCUGGACUGAAGUCAUGCAUUUUUGUGGGGAAAAGAUGGCGAAAUGUAUACUAAUUGUUUGUAAGUAAGGCUCCCCUUCUGUUUACAAUCCAGUCAAAAUGGAUGUGUGUGUGUGUGCAUGCGUGCGUUGUGUACACUACCUUUGAGUGAAAAUGGUGUUUUCAGAGAGCUGUUUGUAUGUGUGUAAGGGAAGAAUGCUAAUAACACUGAGCUCAGUAUAUUCCCGGAACAGUAUGGGUGUUAAAGGGGAAAGGUCAGCAUGCCAUAAUUAGUAAUAAUUUUUUUAAUGUUUUGUUGUCCUACUGAGCUGUAUGGCCAGCUGGAAUGCAAAAACAGGACAAAUUUGGCUCUGCAGGAUUUGGGAAGAGUUGUAUCUGGAUUGUUUCAUAAUCAUGGUUUGUAAAACUUUGGUAUAACCUUAGAAGAGCUGAGCAAGAGCUGUUUGCAGAAAACAUGAAGAUAAAACGGGUAAGAGAAGGGGGGGUACUGGUACUGUCUAACUGAAUAUCGAAUAUGUUGUAGUAUUCCUAGUGUAAUUGUUUGUUAAUAUGUUCCUGGUGACUUUGAGUCCUCAAACAAACUGACUAUAGUCAGGCGUUCAGUUGUGCUUGUCCUUAUACAGUGUUUUUGGGGUAUGCUCAAAUUUCAGAACUUCAGUUAUGUAUUGACCAAAAAGCAAGGGGAAUGCUAAAAACAAGAAAUAGCUGCUAUAUUCUGAUGCUGGUUGAACCAGGGCAAAUUGUGGCAAAUGUGUACAGUUGGAGUCACGGGAGGUGCUGCCUUUAUGUCUGUUAUACUCUGUCUUGCAACAGUUAAAAAUGAAUUUACAGAAUAAUUUACUGCUCUUCUUUUUAAAACAUGUACAAGAUGUUUGAGGCAAAUAUCACCAAACUUGGAGUGUGAUACAGUGAACUUGGAAUGUUUUUAAUUAAGAAGCAAAAAAAAAACAAUAAC